CAUUUCUUCUCGCGAAUCGUUUACAUCAUAUCACUUAUGAUGCCAGGCUUUAGUGUUGUCCUGAUUCAAUAGAUUAUUUUUCUUUAAAUUUUUGCUGCGAACGGAAUCGAUUAGAAACAGUAAAACUUUCAAUAGCGUAUGCUACGCCGUUCGUCGAAGCGUCACAUCACCAUAUGCUACUUAAUCGCUUAAUAAUCGAUGGUCAACCGUAACGGGGUGUCUGAAUAUAAAAGUGCUUGCAGUUGAGGUUUUAAGCUGUAGUGAGUGAAUGAAUACAAUAUUGAUUGCUCGUAGCAUCUAAAACACUCUAAAGUGUAAAGUGCAACCAAGCUGAAAAAGUGGGUAAGAGACCUUCUGUGCCCUGUUGUAGCGGAUUGUGGAGAGUACAACCUCAACGGAGCUAACGAGCUGUUUCUUCGGAGAUCCUGAGAAGCAUAUUCAACGAAGAUGAGUGCUCAAGAACGUAGAGCUUCAUUUGCGCGCCGUGCGGAGAGCCUGAUGGAAAAGCGAUAUGCAGUCAAUACGGAGAAGAGCGGAGAGAUCAUCGUUACAGUGCAGGGCGAUCUAUCGCAGCAGGAAAAGCGAGCUGUCUUCCUUACCGUGCAUGAUUUGGGAACGAACCAUUCCUCGUUUGAGGAGUUCGUCAACAGCGCGUGCAUGAUCGAAAUCAAAGAACGGUCAUGCUUCAUCCACAUCGAUGUGCCCGGCCACGCGGAUAAUGCACCCAAUCUGGCAGAAUCGUUCCAGUUUCCAUCGCUACAGCUGCUGGGUGAGGAGCUGAUCACGGUUCUGGACUUUCUGCACGUGAAAUAUGUAAUCGGUGUGGGCGAAGGGGCUGGAGCGAAUGUACUGGCCCGUUUCGGGCUAGCCCAUCCAUCGCGUUGCCUUGGGCUUAUCCUGAUCAACGUCACCGGUUCGGCAGCCUCGGUGCUGGAUGUAUUCAAGACGAAAUUCAUCUCCUGGAAGGGCGAUGAGGUUGGCCAGUCAGCUGAGGAUUUCCUGCUCUACCAUAAAUUCGGCUACCAACUGGUAGGCGAUAAUCCAGAUAAGGAAAAGAUUGUAGCAGAAUUCCAGAGCCGUCUGCACAGCUCGCUGAACAGCAAAAACAUCAAGCAAUACGUUAAAGCAUUUAUGUCGCGCAAAGAUUUGCCGCUGAAGAACUGUAAGGUCGAUCUACUGCUGAUCACUGGUAUCAUGAGCCCAUACGCCAGUGUCGUGGAGAAACUGUAUAAGGAUCUGAACAAGGAGAAAGUCACGCUGCUGAAGGUGGAACGAGCGGGUGAUGUGUUGGCUGAUGCUCCUGCAAAAGUUGCCCAAUCGAUCCUGCUGUUCUGUAAGGGACAGGGAUUACUGACCUCGGUAGCGAUGCCAGGAGUGGAUCGUAACCGUGCAUUCUCGACCAGUUCCGGUGGCUCGACCGAAGGUGCGGUUGGACCGAGGCGUCUUUCUCGCGGUAUGUCUAUGGAGGACUACGAUAAACCUAACAUCAGACGGCUCAGCGUUACGAUCAACGAGCAGCUGCCACCGAUUAAAAAGUAGAUUACUUUAUCGCUUUUCCCUAACCUUUUGUGUGAGAUGCUUCGGAGAGGAAUUUUAGUAAAUCAUCGGCAGGACCGCAACAAUUGAAACGAAUACAGAAGGAAACGAUAUUAAUCCGAGAUAUAUCAUCAAGUCUUUGGGAUUUUCUACUAAAAAACAAACACAAAUCUUAUACUAAACUACCCAUCCCAUCUGAACCCACCCCAUUGCAAUGGUAAUGGAUCUGUUUCUCCUUAAAAUUGCUGCUGUACCCAAGAGUCGUCUAGCAUAGUUUCGUGGUUUGACAGGUUUGCGUAGCACAAUUUCACAAAAAAGCAUGAUGUUGAUGCUCGUAGAAAGCAGGUGCAGCGCAUUCUAGACAUGACGCACCUGAUAGCAGUAGCAAUGGUCACUUUGAUAGCGAUCCGCCUUCUUGGAUCGAUUUGUAUGAUUUCUAGAGCCUAUACAUAUACAACUCUACACUUCACACACUGAAAUAUAAAGGAGAAGUAUAUAUAUAUACAUAUACAUAUAUAUAUUUAAAUUGGUCACUCUACUGUGCAAGAGUAGUGAGCCAGAGCGCGAUGCAAGGGGAAAGUAACAGUUUAAAAAUAUGUAGCGAGUAGAGCCAUCACGUUGUUGGAAUUCGUUCGGAAAGCAUAAAUUUAAAAAAAGAACGAAAUGGGAAAUCGUAACAAAACUAUACAUAAAUAUAUAUACACGGACUAUA